CCUUCCAUUUUGGAAGCUUGCUACGGUUUUUCACUUUUCACAUUUCCGACCAUCCAAGCAUUCUGAUUGAUUUGCAAAGUUUAGUCAACUGAUCAUAAUGCUUGGAUGGCGAGAAAUGAAAAAAAUGAAAAACCGUAAUAAGCUCCCAGUUUUUAAAAUUUAGAGAUGAGCGUUUGCAGCAAUCUGUCGCUCUCACGUCAAGAAUGCUAGAACAAAAAUCGUGCGGUAUGAACGAGAAAUCAUUUUACAACACUGUGCAAUGUCAAACUUUUUCUGCCGAUGGGAAUUAUUUAUUAGCUGGGAACAUAUAUGGCGACGUUUCUGUCUAUGAGUUGUCUAAGGUACUGGGUCCCUAUCAUGGAGAUGACUGUGAUCCAAGAGGGCCGAAUUAUCAAUUCACUGCGUAUAAACAACAACAAGUUCACAGCAUUAUAGCCACUGAUAAAUUUCUGAUUACCGGAACGGUAGGAGAAAUAUCUGGAUGGGACUGGAAGGUUGUGACUUCCAAUAAAGUAUCUAAAAUUAAAGUUUCCUGGACGAUUCACAUACCAACCGUUAAGGACAGCUACGUUAAGCCAGAUGUCAACUACAUGCUAAUUUCACACGAAGACAACACAUUACAUGCUGGUUGCGGUGAUAAUAAGAUAUAUACGUUCAGCUUAGAAGAUGGAAAAUUACUCAGAACACUUGAAGGUCACGAGGAUUUCAUCCAUGCUCUUUCAAUUUUAGGAAAUCAGCUGGCAUCUGCUAGUGAAGAUGGGUCAGUAAGACUGUGGGACAUGAGAAAAAAAGAAAACACAAAUGUCGUGAAGCCUUUCUUAGCAGACAAAGUGAACAGACCCAAACUCGGCAAGUGGAUUGGAACUGUUGAUUUUACGGAAGAUUGGCUUCUCUGUGGAGGUGGUCCAAAAUUGGCUCUCUGGCACAUGCGAACUAUGGAAGUGGCUACUAUAUUUGACUUACCUGACCAAGGUAUUCACGUUGGAUCUAUUCACGAGGAGAGAAUUAUUGCUGGAGGAGCAAUGCCAAACGUCCACCAUCUCACUUACCAAGGAGAAGUGUUAGCUGAAGUUCCAACAUCGAGCAAUACAAUUUAUUCUAUUGUUCAUCAAGAGAGUCCACAAAAAUUAUUGAGUAUGGCUGGAUCAAGCAAUAAUAUUGACAUUUGUACAAAUUUCAGUUACAGAGAAAUGGUACUGAAAUUUGCUUGACAUGAUAACAAAAUAUUCAAGCACCCUCUAUCAGGAUACAAGAC